AUGGGAAACCCUGGCUAUACUGUAUCACCUGCUGUCGUGGUUACUUACCCUCUUCAAGAGGACCCCGUUUAUUUAUAUCAUGGUCCAAGUAUCCACUCAGACGCUAUCGAAGAUGCAGUAGAGGGUCAAAUUCAAGCUCUUAGCAAGAAACUGAAUGCCCUCCAAGGGAAGUAUAUUUUUGGAAAGAACGCAUGCGAGAUGUGCCUCGUUUCAAAUGUAAGGGUCCCUGCUAAAUUCAAGGUACCAGAAUUCAAGAAGUACAAGGGAAGUACUUGUCCUCAGACUCAUCUGGUCAUGUAUUGCAGAAAGAUGGCCUCCUAUGUAGAUGAUGGUAAGCUUUUAAUUCACUACUUUCAAGACUAUUUGUCUGGUGCUCUGUUAAGAUGGUAUAUGAGCUUGGAGCGUGCAAAUAUUCAAAACCUUCUCGAUAUUGUCAAUGUCUUUGUGCAACACUAUAAGUAUAAUCUGAACAUGGCACCAGAUCAUACUCAAUUGGGUAACAUGUCCCAAAAAGAGAGUGAAUCAUUUAAAGAAUACACACAAAGGUGGCGGGAAGUUGUUGCCCAAGUCACCCCACCUGUUGAAGAGAAAGAACUACGAAAACUAAUCUUGAGGACCUUAGAUUCCUUUUACUAUAACAAACUCAUUUCAAGUAUGCCUCGUGAUUUCACCGAGAUGGUGGGGGUCGGUGUGAAACUCGAAGAAGGGGUAAAAGAAGGAAGAAUAGCUCGUGAUAAUUCUGCAUCUGCUAAUAGAACCAAUAAGUUUGGUGGAUGGAGAAAAAAAAAGGGAGAUGCCAACGCUGUUUCCCACCACCGACCAAGCAAUAGAAGACAACAACAUAAACCAACUACCCAAGAAGUUCUAGCUCCACAAGUACAACAACCUAUGUCAGGCUAUUAUCAACAACCCUUGGUAGCCGUAGUGGCACCCGGGGCACCCAUGAUGUCGAAUUUGCCCUAG